AUGUGCAAGCACGUGCUCAACGCGCAGGUAGCAAUCCGCGCGCCGUGCUGCCAAAAGUGGUUUGACUGUCCAGAGUGCCACGCAGAAAGGGAGGACCACCAGCUGCGCAAGACGUUUGAGAUGGUCUUCCUCUGCAAGAAGUGCAAGAAGGCGUUCCGCAAGGACGCGCGCGAGAUGGAGGAAUCGGACGAGUACUGCCCACACUGCGACAACCAUUUCGUUGUUGAUGCCAAGGAGCCAAAGGCGAUGAUCGGCGUGGAGGGCGAAGACGCGCGUGUCGACAACCGCAUGCUCAAGGACGACCGUGAGAAGGAGCGCGACGGGCGCAGCCUAUUCAGCCGCGACACCACGGACCGCGUCGAGCGCUUCGACUACAGCCAGGCGUUUGGCCGCCAAUAA